AUGGUCAUGGAGAGGCCGGCCGACGUCCCCAUGUCGAAAAGGAUCGUGAACUACAAUGUGCGCGGCCGACGUGGAAACAUCGUCCAGGUCUACCCCUCAGUGGAGUACGACUUUAUCCCGCCCGAGCUGGAGGUCGAGCAGGGAACGCUGCUGCACUUCCAGUGGACAGGGUCCGAUGCCAACAACAAUGGAAAUGCAGGCAAUGGCCGUGCUGGAACUGACCGAUCCAACCUGGUCCAGGUGCAGUCGCGCUCCGAGACGGUUCCUUUGCCUUUGGAGAAGCACACAUUGCUCUUCGACGCGGCCGCAAAUCCGAAUGAUGAGGCUGGCAGGAAGCUGGUUGAUCGGUUCGCCUUCUUGGACCAGGACCAGAUUGUGACCUGUGAUCCCGAGACGAACGACCAGAACUCCGAGACCAACUGCAAGCAACUUAACGGAGCCUCUGCUUACUUCGACGGCGGCCUUGUCGAGAUGAAGACGGUCGGAAGCCAUCACAUUGCCAGCACCCGCAACAACGACUUCACCAAUCGGUCGCACAAGGCGAGCAUCAAAGUGACAGGAGUCACCCUCGAGUUCUACGAGAACCUCGCCUUGGGUGUAGGUGCCUUCUGCGGGUUGAUCCUGAUCGUGUACGUGGCCUGCGCACUUCACGCAGUGAGGAAGCCUGGCAGUUGGCUCUUCUCCCGCCGCUACCGGCCGCGAGUGCUGAAUUGGGUCUUGGGCAAGGACCGCAUGGCUCGACUGGUCGAGCAGCGUCGGCAGAUCGUCGCUCAGCAGAGGAAGGAGUGGGCCAAGAAGGCCAACGCCCACGCGGCCGACGAAGAGGGGGCAGAUGGGCAGGCAGCCGAAGUGGCUUUGCCGGAGGAGUCCAUGACGUGGUUCCAGAGCAUCAAGCGAUGCUUCCGCAAGUGCGGCGUCGGCGAGCAGCAGCUCACGACAAUCAUGUAUGCUGUGCUCAACGUCCUCGUCUUCCUGAUCGGCUUCCUCUCGAACUUGAAAGGUGGCUUCCAUGAGUCCUGGGCCUAUCCCAUCGCCAAGGGUGGCGGCUACAGCAUGGACCUGAACUUCGCCAUGCUCAUCCUGCCCACCCUGAAGAGUCUUCAGACGACCAUGAGGCGCGUGAGCUCUUCGCGGGAAUGGGUUCCGAUUGAUGAUCCCAUCAACUUCCACAUCGUGAUCGCGAGCUACACAAUGCUGGGAGCCGCUAUUCACAUUGCUGGACACUGUGUCCACAUCUGGCUCAUCAAGACCUCUCCCGUCAUGCAGCUCGACCCUCUGCACCUCUGGAAGCUCACCGCAGAGGAGCAGGCAAGUGGCAUGACUCUGCUGCAGCAGCUCCUGAACAUCCAAAUCCGCUGCGCCGCGCUGACGGGCGUGAUCCUCACCUUCAUGAUGCUGGCCAUUCUUCUGACGGCUAUGUCCUGUUCCCGCCGUGGCACCAACUGUCUUACCCGCCGCUGCUUCGGAUACAACUUGUUCUGGCGCAUUCACAUGUCGUGGAAGCUGGUCUAUGUCCUGCUCCUCGUCCACGCACCUGCUCGACUGUGGAUCUGGUUUUUCUUCCCGACACUCUUUGUGAUCGUGGACCGCCUACUGCUGGCCAACCACCAGGCUUUGUACCUGUCGCUGAGGAGUGUGAAGCUGCUGCCCAGAGAUGUCAUCGGCUUGACAUUCGAGCUGCCACAGGGCUUCGCCUAUCAGGCUGGCCAGUACAUCCUGCUGGGAUGGAAGGGAGAGUGGCAUCCUUUCACGUUGACAUCAGCCCCAGAGGAGAACUGCAUCAGCGUGCACAUUCGCUCGCCCAACUCCCUUGACUGGUGUUCUGCCCUGCGCAAGCGCCUCACCGAGGAUGCGCCAGCCCAGGCGCGAGGAGAGGCAAAAGCAGACAAGCCAGCAAGGGCGCCCCUUCUGAUUGAGUACAACAAGUGCACCUUGCCAAACAGCCACAUCGUCUACAACGUGCCCAAGGUAGCUCGCAAAGAGGAGGAGGAGCUGCUGGUCAAGGACCUGGAUUCCCCCGACGCAGCCGACGCAUCGAGCCCCCAGGGCCCACGCCUGCUGGGGCGAAACACCUCAGGCAAGAUGGGCCAGGCGGUUGCCCGCUCCGGGGAGACACUGGUCAGCAGCCCGCCCAGCGGCAGCCUCCCGCAAGAGGCCGUGGUGCUGCAGGUCACAGGGCCAUUCGGCGCACCGGCGCAGAAGGUCUGGGGCUUCGACACUCUGAUGGUGGUUGGUGCCGGCAUUGGCGUCACCCCGUUUGCCUCCAUCCUGCGGUCGGUGCAGCUGCGCUCCAAGCAGAGGGAGACGAUCAUGACGCUUGGCCGGUGGUUCCCAUAG